UGCAUCACAGCUGAGCUCACCAAACGCCGAGCCUCUCUUCUCCCUCGUGUGCAUGCCCACAGCCGCGUGCCCAGCACCAGCAAGCAAGCCGGCGACCCGAGGCCAUGGUCAAAGCUCAUCCUCCCGGAUAAAUACCCACCUCCCCGACCCGACUCUCACAGCAGACACACACACGCAUUUCCCGGUCUCAAGGACUCAAGCUCACAAUCACAAGCAGAGCACCAGAAGCAGAGGCACCCCACCCGUCUCAAUCUCUCAAUCCCGAGUGACCGCCGUGCCGGUCCACCAUGGGUCUCGUCUGGAUGGUGGCGGCGGCCGUGGUAGCGGUGCUGGUCUCGUGGGCGUUCAACGCGCUGGUGCACCUCGUGUGGAGGCCGCGCGCCAUCACCCGGCAGCUCCGCGCGCAGGGCGUGGGCGGGCCGGGCUACAGGUUCUUCGCCGGCAACCUCGGCGAGAUCAAGCGGCUCCGCGACGACACCGCCGGCGCCGCGCUGGACGUCGGCGACCACGACUUCGUCCCCAUGGUCCAGCCGCACUUCCGCAAAUGGAUCCCCAUCCACGGGCGCACGUUCCUGUACUGGUUCGGUGCCAGGCCGAGCCUGUGCGUGGCGGACGUGAACGUGGUGAAGCAGGUGCUCGCCGACCGCAACGGGAUGUACCCCAAGAACAUCGGGAACCCCCACAUCGCCCGCCUGCUCGGCAAGGGGCUGGUGCUCACCGACGGCGACGACUGGAAGCGCCACCGGAAGGUCGUCCACCCCGCCUUCAACAUGGACAAGCUCAAGAUGAUGACGGUGACCAUGUCCGAAUGUGCCGGGUCAAUGAUGUCGGAGUGGGAGGCGAAGAUGGACAAGGGCGGCAGCGUGGAGAUUGACCUCAGCAGCCAGUUUGAGGAGAUAACCGCGGAUGUCAUCUCUCACACGGCAUUCGGAAGCAGCUACGAACAGGGGAAAAAGGUCUUCCUGGCGCAGAGGGAACUUCAGUUCCUCGCCUUCUCCACCGUAUUCAGUGUCCAAAUCCCAGCAUUCAGGUACCUUCCAACUGAAAAGAACCUCAAGAUAUGGAAGCUUGACAAGGAGGUGAGGACCAUGCUGAUGAACAUCAUCGAAAGCCGUCUUGCCACCAAAGACACCAUGGGCUACGGCAACGACCUGCUCGGGCUCAUGCUGGAGGCGUGCGCGGCAGAGGGUGGCCAUACUCCGAUUUUGAGUAUGGACGAGAUCAUAGAUGAGUGCAAGACAUUCUUCUUUGCCGGGCAUGACACCAGCUCGCACCUCCUCACAUGGACCAUGUUCUUGCUGAGCACGCACCCUGAGUGGCAGGAGAAGCUCAGGGAGGAGGUGCUAAGAGAGUGUGGCAGUGAGGUUCCCACCGGCGACAUGCUCAACAAGCUGCACUUGGUCAACAUGUUCCUACUGGAAACUCUCAGGCUAUACGCCCCUGUAUCACUCAUUCAGAGGAAGGCGGGUUCAGAUCUCGAGGUCGGUGGCAUCAAAGUGCCCGAAGGCACCGUCCUAACGAUCCCCAUCGCGACGAUCCACCGUGACAAGGAGGUAUGGGGAGAAGAUGCCAACGAAUUCAAGCCUAUGAGGUUCGAGAAUGGAGUGGCGAGGGCCGGAAAGCAUCCCAAUGCCUUGUUGUCAUUCUCCAGCGGGCCGAGGUCGUGCAUUGGGCAGAGCUUUGCAAUGAUCGAGGCCAAGGCCGUUAUCGCCGUGAUUCUUCAGAGGUUUUCGUUUUCCCUAUCACCUAAGUAUGUCCAUGCCCCGAUGGAUGUGAUCACGCUGCGGCCCAAGUUUGGGCUUCCCAUGAUCCUCAAGAGCAUAGAGAUAUAGAAAAAUGUGUAUGUCGUUAAGUAUAACACAAGGUUUUGUAUUAUUUGAUUGGAUUUUAGUUUAUGUUAUGCACUAGAUAAGCUUGGAAAAUUAUUGAUGUAUAAUGCAUUCUAUAAAUAUAAUAAAGUGCUUUAUUAAUAA